UGUAAAUUAGUGAUAAAGCCAGACUAGAACAGUGUUAAUUUUCUCUUUUUUCAUAAACAGAAGAAAAUGACAGAGCAAAUGAAGUUUAUAGUGAAAGAAUUAAAUGCCGAUUUGGACAGGAACUAUGACUUAAUCAAGUUCGAUGCUUUGAAUGAAAAGGCAUUGUUACAGUUGUUGGUGGAUUUACUAGUAAAUUUCAACGCUGGUGAAAAGUUAGAUGUAAAUGAGGACGAUUUGGAGACGGUAUCCGUGCGGCUGUUGGAGAUGUUAGCCAGCGUGAAGUAUCGACCACCUGCCAACGUGGAGCCGCCCAGGUUCAGAACUCAACUAUUAGCUGGAGACUCAAGGACCAUUCACCAUGUGCUACACUGGCUACUCACUAACAAGGAGCAGGUCAAGAAUACGGCAUAUUUAGCUAAGUAUUUGAAAAUCCCCGACAUUCCCGCCGAUGUAGCUCAAAAUAAUACUAUUCAGGACAUGCUUGAUCUAUAUCAGAAUCUCAUAGACGAGUUUAAGGAGGUUCACAAACGUACCCGGUUUCUGCAAAAGGAAAACGCGUCGGAAAUCAUCAAUGAUAUUAAGGAGAUGGCCGUGGAGAGGGAUAUCGUUAUAAAACGACUAGAAAAUGUACAAAUGAAUUUAGUAGACGUUACCAAUAAAGAAGAGUUACUUAAUGUCAGCAAGAUGUUGAGGCAGCAACAAGAAAAGAUUAAGGAAUUGGAAAGUCAGUAUGAAGCACAACAAACGCAGUUAAAAAUCGCAUCGGAUCAAUUGAAGAGGUAUUUAAGCGUAAUCCACGGACAAACUGCUACUCCAAAAACUGCCAAUGAUGUCAUCAAACAUUUGAAAGAAGAGAUUCAGUUAAACAAUUAUCUUGUAAAAGAGAAAUUACCUCAAGAAAUGGCGAGCCUUCAGAAGGAACUGAAUAUAAUGCAAAAUAUUGCCACAGAACAGCAUCUCACUCGUUCCGAUUUAGUUUUAGUGCAAGAUAAGAUUGCUGCAGUGAACAGCGAAUUCGAACAACUGGUACAAAGGCGGCUGGCAGCCGCCGGACCUCAGGAAGACAAGCUUGCGCCGUUUCGGCAGCAGGCGACCGUAAUCCGACGAAACAAGGACGCGAGUGCUGUGCGAGUACAUGAGCUUACUGCCAGUCUGAAGGACUACGAAGCCACUUUGGCAGACUUGCAGUCACAGGUAAGGCAAUUGCUUGGCGACACCGUGCUGCGAGGUGAAGAAUUGAAGAAAUACGUCAACUCUUUGAGAACGAAGAGCACAGUAUAUAAAAGGCAACGGGCGAAUUACUCCACUUUCAAGGUCGAAGCCGGAAUAUUAGCCAGAACCCUUGAUAUUAUAAGCACUGCUGACCCCACCGUGGAAAUGGCUCUGGUGAACCAUAAAAAGUUGAAAAUUGAUGACGAUGAAUCGUUGGAAAAGGAGCAGAACAAAUCCGUGGACUUGGCGAAAAAAUCACUGCACGAUUUAUCACAGCUUGUUGCGCAAACAGCACAAAAACUUUCGCAAGUACGUCAGGAAAUUCAACCUCUCGCCGACAAAAUCAAGCCGAUAAAGGAAGAAUUCCAAAAUAUUCAGCAGCAGUAUGAGCAGAAGAAAAGAGUUUACGAGGCGACCACUAUCAACAUAACAUCACAGAUGGAACCAUUAAAAAAUCAAGUAAAGGAGCUGACGGAUCAAUUGAAUAACAAGGAGAGCGAAUGGAAAAAUUUGCGUCAAAAAAUCACAAAAGCAGAGAGUUUGCAAGAAGUUGUCAUGUUCGAAAUGAGGAAUUCGAUGCAAUCGCCGCGUAAGCCUUCGAAAAUAGAAACGUUGAAAACGCAAGUGGCUGAUAUGGAGCAUACUGUGAAAAAUUUAGAAGAGGAACAGCGCACAAUAAGUGCUCGCCAAGGAGCCGUUGAGGAGCAGACCAAACUUUGGGAGAAUACGCUUCAGUUGCUGCGGUGCAAGAUGCGUUCUCGCACUGAGCCAGCCGCGCGACAGGGGCGCAUGCACAUCACGCAGCACUCGCAGAUGCUGACAUUAACUUAAAUCAAAAUUAUGUCACGCCAAUACUUAAGUUUGACUCAAAUCGAUGCUGCCAAGUUUUUUGAGAUAACAUAGACCAUUAUGUGGACCGCUUAACUGAGUCCUCGUCUGCGGGGUAAAGGGUGUGGGGAGCACGAAAACGGGGACUAUGAGAGGUGCGACAGGCACAUUCUUCACAAAAUUACAAGUGCCCGCCGCCCGCACCUCUCACGGCCUCCGUUCUCGUCAACCCCCCCACCCUGUACCCCGCAGUCGAGGUCUUAAUUAAGCGGUUUACCUAUGACAACACGUGACUUAACGAAGCAUUAAAUUUAUUUGACGUUACUGGGUAUGUUUGGCAUUGUGCAUUAUCACUCUGUAUGAUUUCCUAUUAGAAUUGAAUAAAAAAAUACAAAUAAAACAUC